CGAUUAAACCGUGAGUGAACCUCGAAUCUGCAGCUUCAGGUGAGAAAUUUACUGAUUUAUGAUCCAAUAAUUAUCAGGCCGUUUGUUUGAUGUGGUCAUUUUGUGUCUCCGCCGCUCUCUCAGACGUCUUCAUCAUGGAUCUGUGUGUGACCAUCAAAGGGGUCUCCUUCCUCCUGCAGACCGGGUUGGGGAUCUUGGGGAACUCGGUGGUUCUGCUGGCGUACGCCCACAUCAUUUUCACCGAGCCCAAGCUCCUUCCUGUGGACAUGAUCCUCUGCCACCUCGCCUUCGCCAACCUGAUGCUUCUACUGACCCGCUGUGUCCCCCAGACCAUGACCGUGUUCGGGCUUCGUGACCUGCUCAAUGACCCCGGCUGUAAGGUGGUCAUCUACGCGUACCGGAUCGGCCGGGCCUUGUCGGUCUGCAUCACCUGCAUGCUCAGCGUGUUCCAGGCGGUGACCAUCGCUCCUGCCGGACCACGUUUGUCCAGACUGAAGCCCGCUCUUCCCUCGUUGGUGCUCCCCACCUUCGCAGGACUGUGGCUCCUCAACAUGGCGAUCUGCAUCGCUGCUCCUUUUUUCUCCAUGGCGCCACGAAACGGCACCGUCCCGGCUUUUACCCUCAACCUGGGCUUCUGCCACGUGGACUUCAGAGACAACCUGUCCUACGUGAUAAACGGGGUGGCUGUCUCCAGCAGGGACUUUGUCUUUGUGGCGCUGAUGGUGGGCUCAAGCGGCUACAUCCUGCUGCUUCUCCACCGCCAUAGUCAUCAGGUCAGGGGGAUCCGUCGCUCUCAGGGCGGCGGCGCAGAAACAAGAGCGGCGAAGACGGUGGUCACCCUGGUGGUCCUCUAUGUGGUCUUCUUUGGGAUUGAUAACGUGAUCUGGAUCUACAUGCUGACGGUGGCGAAGGUUUCCCCGGUGGUGGCUGAUAUGAGGGUCUUCUUCUCCUCCUGCUACGCCUCCCUCAGCCCCUACUUCAUCAUCUCCUCCAACAAGAAGGUCAAGGCCAAGGUCGUGUGUGCCGCCGAGCAAGAACAUCCGUCAGCAGACACUCAGGAGUCGAGUGACAGAUGA